AAAGUGAGUCAGCGCUGAGCUCGGAAGCGAUUUCCAGAGAUCUUCUCGACAGUGCAGGAACGAUCAGUAAGCAGCAACACCACCCACACGUAUAAACGGGGGAUUCCUGCCACAUUGUUUGUACAUUUCAGUGACUCAGCUCAGUUUACAGCCAUAGUGUGAGCGCCGUCGAUCCUGUACGGUACUGAACUGUUUAUGUCAAGCGUAAAAAAGCACAAGCCAAGCAGCAUGGCCAUGGAGACGGUCCAGAAUUUUUACGAUGACCCCCACAACCCAUGGCUGAACAAGAAAAAGACCAUGACGCUGGACCUGGUCAGCAACGGGUCGACCAAAAAACGGGCCUCCGCCUUGGCCCUCCUGUCCACCCCAGACGUGCAGAUGCUGAAACUGGCCUCCCCAGAACUGGAGAAAAUGAUCAUCUCGCAGCAGGGAACGGUGUGUACCACCCCGACACCAACCCAGUUCAUCUGUCCGAAGAAUGUUACCGAUGAGCAGGCGGCGUUUGCCCAGGGCUUCGUGGAGGCUCUGCAGAGUUUACACCAGACGCACCAUGCACCUGGUGAUGGGGAUGAUUCUAGCGGGUCCGAUGAGGAGGAGGAUGGCAAGGUGGCCCUGAUGCAAGUCAUCCAACAAGCCCCGGCUCAGAACUCUUGCAUCGUGACCACGGCCGCCGCUGCAGCCGCCGCUGCCGUCGGCCUGGAAUACAACCCCGCCAUGCCCACUACCACGAGCCUGCCGGGCACUACGAUCAACUACCCCAUCCGCACCUCGGCGAUCACAACCAUGUCAACGGUGGACACUUCUGUCAUCACCAACAAUGGUUGGUCACCCAUGGCGCACAUCAAGCAGGAGCUGGAACAGCCCCAGAUUGUCCCCGUAUUCAACGGCCACGGCACCCCGCCCCUGUCCCCCAUCAACAUGGAGUCGCAGGAGAGGAUCAAGGCAGAGCGUAAGCGCCUGAGGAACCGUGUAGCAGCCAGCAAGUGCAGACGGCGAAAGCUGGAGCGCAUCUCUCGCCUGGAAGACAAAGUCAAGGAUCUCAAGGAUCAGAACACUCAGUUGUCCUCAACAGCCACAAAGCUGAGAGACCAAGUUUGCCAGUUGAAGCAGAGCGUCAUGGAACACGUCAAGAACGGCUGUCAAGUCAUGCUGGCUCAGCAACUCGCAUUCUAAAUUAUAUUUGGACUUGUGCAUAUUUAAUAUUAACAGACAGUGACAUAUAUCUGUAAAUAUUUUGUCGAAUUCUUUCUCUUUUGACUGGAAUUUUAAAGAAAAAGUACUGAACGUUGGAGCGGGACUCGCGUGCUGGAUGUAGUGCUUGACCCUGUAAAAAGACUAGAACCAUUUUCUGGGUCGAUCGGAAUGAUAAACAUGGCGAAGUUGGCUUAUCAAAAUCGCUAGUUACAUUGUAAACAGAGUUUAUGCGAAGGUUUUUCUUACAAAUAUUGUGUUAAAAAAAAUCGUUUGUCAACGAACGUUCCAGCACCGCGAAUUAAAAGUAAUACUUUAAUUCAUGAACAACAUUGUGUCCAAGAAAAAAAUUAUUUGUUUGUAUACAGUCAGGUUAUUUCAAUGGUUAGUUCAGUGGAAUGGGGUUGCGAACAAAGACAGAACGACCUUCGCUCAUGCAUAAUGAGUUGGGAUCGAUCGCACUCCGUGGACGUGCAUAAUCAGUACCACAAUCUGCCGUCAAUGACAGGCCGAAAAACGCACCGGCAUACCGUAGCUGUUGGCCGCACGGUACGCUCGCAUAAAAUAUGACCGUUAUGUCUGGUAUAUUCACCGCAGCCUAGCCGGGCCCAACGUUAUUAUCAUUAUCAAUGCGCCUUGGGCAAUGCAGUACAGACCCAGGUCUCCAAUUCGGGGGUAUUUUGCAGUGGAAAUGGGCAGACUUGGUUUUUAAUUAAAACACCAGCAGUGGGGGAGCAUUUGCGGGCUUGUUGCUUGGGUUUUACGGUAUAUUUGAAGUGGCCUGCGGUCUGGUACUGGUAGUGUCUGGGUUGUUUUUGCAGGCGCUGGGCCGCGGAAUGCACAGUUCACGCGAGAAAACCUUGUUAAUGUUAUGCUCGGGUCAUGUCAUUGAACCGAAAGGCAUUUAUUAUGUUGUACAAGGACAAGUGUUCAUUGUAAUUCUCAGCUAAGGGCAAAAAGGCCAGUCUGUAUAGGGUUUCAGGGUAAGGCCGCAGCCUCACUACAGGGCCUAGUUUGCAUGAAUUAAAAACACAGAAUAAAACAAAAACGGACAUUCCUUUGUUGGAAUAUGUUGCUCAAGUGAACAGCACACUUGAAAAACGUUAUUAAAACAAAAGAUUUAAGAAAAACCAAAAAGGGCAAAUUUCUUGUUAGAAUUAUAUUACUGCAUGCAGAUGAAAUUUUUUGAUUGACUUUGUGAAAAAAUCAUUUUUAAAAAAUUGAAUGUAAAAGUAUACAAUUCUGGAAUGAAUAGCUCAUGUGAGGCUUGGAAAAUUACCAAUGCAAAUCCGUGUAAGCUACAAUGUGGCACUUGAUUGGGAUGGCAGUCAGCCACAUUAUGUUUUAUGUACAUAUUUCAAUUUUUCUCCAUUUUCAAGUUGAAUAUGGUGGUCAAUUGGUCAAUGAAGAUUGCACGCUUUUCCUAUGGCUCUGAUGUAAUUGUUUUUUUCAGGGUCGUCUUGCCAUUUAACAGUGGUUUGUUAAAAUAACCGAAACUUGUUUCAAUAAAACUGCUACUAUGAUAAACGAAUA